CGUGAACGGAGGAGGGAAGAGACUAGAAAACGUGCGAGAGGGACGUGUUUGUUUAAAGUGCAUGUGUUCAUUGAGCGAGUGAUUCCUGGCCGGGCGCUGUGCCGGCCGUUAAGAGAAACUGCGGUGAACCCGACUGACGCGUCGACCUGCCCCCUCCCCCGGCGCUUUCCCUUCAGCGGCGGAGACAGAAAGGCGCGAAACGGACCGAUUCCGGGAGAAUAUGUGAAAGAAAACCCAGCCGGAUAACGGCGUGGCGUUGGACCGGCGCGGGAUGGGUCUUUUCGAUAGGUCGUCGGGAAAGGCCUCUGAGGAGGUGGCGCUGGAGCUGCGGCCUGAAUGAGGGGCGCCUGCCUGGCCCAGACCCGGGGGCAGGCGGAGGACCCACCUGCAAAGCCUCUGACGCUGGGAGGCAAAGCCUUGGCCGUUUAUACGAACUGCAGGAAAAGACCAGCGUGGUCGAGCAGAGUUUUACCAAAGACACACCUUAGGGAUUUGUCGCAUUUCUAAGACUCAUAUUUACCACUGGGAAUUGUCAAACUUCUUAGAAGAUAUAUUUUGGCGAUCAAAAUGAAAGAUUUCUUUGAAGUUUUAGAACAAUUAUAUAAGAAGGUACUUCUUGGAGCCCCACUUGAAAAUGACAACCAGUAUUACAUCUCUUAUCUCAACCCAGCAUUUUCAGAUCAAGAUGGCUCCGCAUCCACUUCCUCAGAAUUUGAAAACACCCUUCGUGUCCGGGGCAAGUGCCAGCCAUCCCCUGUCAAUCCGUCCACCACUUCUGUAGCUCCUGUGUAUCUGAACAGUGCCCGAGAAAUAACACUCCUUCAGUUAACGGUGAUCAAAGUGAUGGUAACCAGAAUACUGUCUGUCGAGACCGAGCUACAGGCAAAGGAGAAAUACAGAGAAAUCAUUAAAAUCCUCUUAAAAUCAUCUGACUUCAAUUCUGAAUUAACCUGUAUGUUCCAAAACUUGGAUAAACUGUUAUCUCACAUGGCUGCAAAAUGCCUUGCACUGCUUCUGUAUUUCCAAUUGAAAGAAAAGAUAACAUUUAGUAAUUCCUGGAUUGCUUUUUGCCAAGAAAAUCUUUCUGAAUACUCUGAAAGUGAUACGGUAUUAUACUGCCUCUGGACUCUUACUGCUGUAAUGAAGGAAAUCCUUAAAGAUACAUCUUCGCAAAAAACAGAAAUUCUAAAGCAGUUCCUGACUCCUUUUGACACUCUUUUUGAAGACUUUUACAAUUCCUUAUUUUCUCAGCAUUUUGCAAACCUCCAAGACACUUCUAAAAUAGUAAACAGCUUGCUGUGUUUUCUGGAAUUGCUCGAACUUCUUAUAGCUUCCAGAAUCCACCAGGAAUUAGAUUUCACCUGCCAGCGGAUUUUAUUUCUGAAACCUUCUUGUGUGCUAGAUGUGAUUACAUGGCCUGUUCAGGCUUUUGUCAAAAGGAAAUUCCUCAUAUUCCUUAAAAAAUGCCUUCUCUGGAAAGUGGGCGAAGACCUUCGUUGGGGAUCUGUCGCUGCCUUAAAAUCACCAAAUCAUCACUUAGAUGUGGACACGCUGGCUUUAGCUGAUGCUGUUUUGCAGGCUGUGGAUUCGGGCUUAUUGAGGACAUUGUCUGUCCGUGGAAAACCUUCCUGCUUUGGAGGCAGUGAUGUUCCACCUGGAUGUGAGCAUCCUUCUGGUCCAGAUCAUGUGAUCCUUAGAGCAGCGAGCUUGCUUAUCCUUAAAUCCUUAGAAAUCAAGUUUCAAAAUUGUACUUCAGCCAAGGAAAUGAAAGUUGAUUUACAGAGGUUCAUGUCGGAGUUACUGACCUUCUUAAAGCCUCGCCUUCAGCCCUCUCUGCAGUCACACAAUCCAUGUGAGUGGCUGUCUAGGGUCUUCAUAGAACAAGAUGAUGACAUGCUGGAAGCCGCCAAAGCAUCAUUGGGCAUCUACCUAAAGUUGACCAGAGAACAUGAAGCUGCUUACAGCUUGCCCCAAGAAAAAGAAACAUGGGACCAUCACACACAUGAAAAUGGCUAUAACCCUCAUUGUAUUUUUUUAUUCUUUUUGAAAAAUAUAGGAUUUGAUUCUAUAGUUCUUCUUGACUUUUUGAUUUCAUCAGAAACUUGUUUUCUUGAAUAUUUUGUCAGAUAUUUAAAAUUAUUGCACAAAGACUGGGAUACAUUUUUUACCAUUUGCAAAUACUUUGAUGUAACUGAAUGUAACGAUAGCAUAAAUAUUUGUGGUCGUACCUCCUCAUUUGUCCAAGACAGAAGCAGCAACCACAGAGAAUCUAGGCCUUUGACUGCUCUUGGCAGUCACAGGAACUCUCAUGCCUGUGUCUCCUGGGUGACGGCAGCUUCUUGUGAACCACUGAGCCAGGUCAUGAUGUCCCGGGAGAGCCACGCUACACCCCAGGCUAGUUGUCGGUCUUCCCUGCAAGCCCCUCAAAGUCUGGUAGAUUAUGACAGCUCUGAUGAUUCUGAAGUAGAAUCCACAGAUCCCUGUUUAGCAGAUAAUAAACAGACAUCUUUAUACCAAGAAGCAGCGAAGGAAAUUCAGGACACAGUUGGAGCAAGUGGGGAGAAAAAAGAACUCAGCCUAGAGCUUCAGUCAAUGCCUAUGGUUCCAAAAGAAUCUAAUACUCCUUUCUCUGUUGACUGUGACAUAGCCCCAAAUAACACUGUCUGUGAAGUGGGAAUAUCUUACAGAACAGUAAAAUGCUUUGAAGAGCUACAAGGUGCCAUUUCCCGUUUUCAGAAGAAAAAUCUUUUCCCGUAUAACCCAACAGCACUUUUGAAGUUGUUAAAACAGAUCGAGGCAGUAUGUAAAAAAAGCAUGAACCCUUUGUAAAACAGUGGCAUUUUAUUUCCAGGAACUGUGUUGCCUUAAUGGGAUAAUAAUAAAGAAGAAAACCUCCAAAGGGUUUUCUAAAUUAAGUCAUUCUUUUUGCCUAUUGGAAGCAGCCUAGUAACUUAAAAAGAUGUAUGAAAUGACCAAUCACUUGCUAUAGUUUUAUACCACUUGAAAUGGUUAUUGUAUUAGUUUGUUAGGGCUACUAUAACAAUUUACCACAAACUCGGAGGCUUAAAACAACAGAAAUUGAUUCUCUCAUAGGUCUGGUGGCUAGAAGUCCAAAAUCAAGGUAUCAAGAGAUGGCCAUGCUUUAUCUCAAGACUCCAGGGAAGAAUUUUCUUCCUCCUCUUAGCUUCUGGCAAUGGCAGGCAGUCCUUGGUGUUCCCUGACUGGUAGCUGCAUCAGUCCAAUCUCUUCUGCCACUGUCGCAUGUUUGUUUUCCCUGUGUAUGUAUUUGUAUCCAAUCUCCCUCUAAUAAGGACACCAGGCAUUGGAUUAGGACCCAGUCUCAUCCAGUAUGGCUGCAUCUUAACUUGGUUACAUCCACAAGGUACUUAUUUCCAAAUAAGGCCACAUUUCCAGCUUCUGGGUGGACAUGGAUUUGGGGGGAUGCUAACCCAGUACAGUUAUUUCCUCCAGACUGUGAUAUGUAAAAAAUAAAUAUUAUCAGUGUUUUUUUAAAAAACGGUUAAUCCCUUGGUAAUUUUCCUAUUUAAAAAUCUGAAAUGUCCUCAAUUUUUAAAAAAAUGAUCAUUUUGUAGAGAAAUGUAAGGAAGACCACCUACUAGACAUUAAGGACUAGUAAUCAGAACAGAUUCGCACUUAUUUGGGUAGAAAUGGGAAAAUCAGUGGAACAAAAUAAAGGGUUGCUAAUUAAAAUAACAAUGAGAUGCUGAUGUCAACCAAAUAGAAAAUGCAGUCAAAGAGUUUGAUAAUGGUGUUGGGGUAUAUAUUGGGGCAGUUUCUAAAUAAAUGAAUGCAGUACUGUAUAUUCAGCUGUGGUCAAUGCUACAUUGUAGAUGCAAAAGACUAGAAAUAUCUGGUUAAAUAAUUGGAAUACUACAUACUUGUGUAAAGAAUGAGCUGUAUUCAUGUUUACAGAUAUGAAAUGUGAAGUAAAAAAUGAAUAUACUGGGCUUCCACUUAUAUAAAAAAGAAGGUGGGGCAGGAGCAACAUACACAGAUUUAUAUAUGUUUUUGUGUGUUUAUAAAAUAUGUAAGAAUAUAUAGGAAAGUUGUAACGGGUUGCCUUGGGAAAUGUGAAGUAGGAGAUUGGACUUCUCAUUAUAUAUCUUUGUUUACUCUUUAUUUAUUUUUAACUGUGUACAUACUUUUUUUUUUUUCAGUGAAAACAACUUUGUAACAAAAAAAUGCCAUGACCAACCUGAUUCUUUAUGUUUCCAAGAGUGCAUAAGUGUUGAGUGCAUUAAAAGUCAUGCUUGUACAGA